GAGCGGGCAGCUGCCAGACAUCCUCUGCCUAUCUUUGCUGGGAGCCACGGGCAGGGAAACCGGCCCCCUCGCAAGGACCUGCAGGGUUCCUACAUGUCGGCAGAGAUGAAGGCUGCAACGUCGCUGCGCCCCCCGGGACCCAGAGGCUACCCCGUCCUCGGCAACGUGCUGGAGCUGAGGAAGGACACGCACCUGGCCCUGACCAGGCUGAGCCAGAAGUAUGGGGACGUGAUGGAGGUCAGGAUCGGCACCCGGCCCGUGCUGGUGCUGAGCGGGCUGGAGACCAUCAGGCAAGCACUGGUGAAGCAAGGAGAAGACUUCAUGGGACGUCCUGACCUCUACAGUUUCCGCCAUGUUGCGGAUGGCCAGAGCCUGGCCUUCAGCCCCGACUCAGGGGAGGUGUGGAAAGCCCGCAGAAAGCUGGCCCAGAACGCCCUGAAGACCUUCUCCAUCGCCCCCAGCCCCACCUCCUCUUCCACCUGCCUCCUGGAGGAGCACGUCUCCAAGGAGGCUGACUACCUGGUCGCCAAGUUCCUGCAGCUGAUGGAGGAGGAGAAGAGCUUUGACCCUUACCGCUACCUGGUGGUCUCUGUGGCCAACGUCAUCUGCGCCAUCUGCUUUGGCAAGCGUUACGACCACAACGACCAAGAGCUGCUCAAUAUAGUGAAUGUAAGCGAGCAGUUUGUCGACGUGGCUGCUUCUGGCAACCCCGCUGACUUCAUCCCCGUGCUCCAGUACCUUCCCAGCCGCACCAUGAAUUUAUUUAAAGAUUUCAACAAGCGAUUCCUCCAUUUCCUACAGAAGAUAGUCAAAGAGCACUACAAGACCUACGACAAGAACAACAUCCGAGACAUCACUGACUCCCUCAUUGAGCAGUGCCUGGAGAAAAACAUGGAAGCAAGUACCGCCACGCAGAUCCCUAGGGAGAAGAUCGUCAACCUUGUGAAUGACCUCUUUGGAGCAGGCUUCGACACUGUGACAACCGGCCUGUCCUGGAGCCUCAUGUACCUCGUGACGUACCCCAACAUCCAGAAGAGGAUCCAGGAAGAACUAGACCGGACCAUCGGCCGGGAGAGGCGACCGAGGCUGUCGGACCGGGGCACGCUGCCCUACACAGAAGCCUUUAUCCUGGAGAUGUUCAGGCACUCCUCCUUCCUGCCCUUCACCAUCCCGCACAGCACGACCAGGGACACAGUGCUGAACGGCUACUACAUCCCAAAGGACCGCUGCGUGUUUGUCAAUCAGUGGCAAGUGAAUCAUGACGAGAAACUUUGGAAGGAUCCGCUGACCUUCAACCCAGAGCGUUUCCUCAGUGCUGAAGGGACCGAAGUGAACAAAGCGGAUGGGGAGAAGGUGCUGGUUUUCGGCCUGGGGAAAAGGAAGUGCAUCGGGGAACCCAUUGGCAGGUGGCAGAUCUUCCUUUUCCUCUCCACUUUGCUCCAGCAGCUGGAGUUCAGCGUCUGCGAUGGCAAGAAGGUGGACAUGACGCCUCUGUAUGGACUGACCUUGAAGCACAAAAGAUGUGAGCACUUCCAGGUCAAGCAGCGCUUCCCCAUGAAGAGCAUGGACUAA